GGCUGAGCUUGUAAAGUCCCACUCUAACAAGAGUGAACGCCUGUCAGUUGCCGGAAAUAUACAGGGCUCCUUCGCAACCCUCGCACAUGGUAAUGAAUAGCUAUUUUACCAACACUCUGCAACAGUCUAUGCCAAUUCUCUGGGGAUUGUGCACCAGUUCGGACCAGUACUACAUUAAACUUGUUUAGCUGCCAGUCCAGUAUUUGAGUCAAAAAUAUCUGCUUCACUUCUAAAGACCUAAUAGAGCAUGUACUGCCAUGCAUCGAAAGCAGCUAGCUGAUACGCUGGUUAUUCAAUCCCAAAGUGGGUCAGAGCAGCAACAUAAACAAAUUGCGCCCUCAAAUCCGUCAAACAGACGCCUCAUUGCGGGCAGCUCCGUUCAUCCCAACGCUCAGACCGUUUGGACCGCAAGCUGUGAGAAGUAUUCUUGCUGUCUACAGCAAGUUUUGCCUGCUUCGGAACGGACUUCGACCUCCUCCGAUGGCUCUCCACCCGGCUUUCCUCGUCGUACUGCUUGUGGGUGCCUUGGCUGUCGUCUCCUCCCAAGUCACUCUCGCGCCUGGCAUUGAUCCCAAGUACCAGUUCUUCAUCGAUCUGGCAAACACGCCUAUCGCUAAGGGUGACAAUUUCCCAGGCCUCGGCGUCUUCCGCUGGGCCCGCUUCCGCUCGAACGGUUCCGCUUACCUGGACGGAUUCCAGCAAGCGUUUGGCGACUCGAUCCACAUGCGAACCGCGCCCUGGGGCGGCAUCUCCCUGGCGCUUCUGACGAUCGCCCCCGGCGGCCUACGCCAGCCACACUGGCACUUCAACACCGCGGAACUGGGUUACGUCCUCAGCGGAACGGCUCAGGUCGGGGCUUUUGGCCCGGGCACUCUUCCCGCCGCGGAGUUUGCGGUCCAGCAGGGACAGAUCUUCUUCUUUCCCCAAGGGAACAACCACUACAUCGCGAACUCGGGUUCGACUAACCUGACCAUCCUCAACGCGUUCAGCACCGUCGAUCAGAUUCAGACCCUGCAGCUCGACGACCUGUUGCUUUUGUCAGACCCAUCAGUCACCGCCCAAAUCUUAGGCGGCCAAAGCGCCACCUUUGCUCAGUUCCCCGCUUAUGCCGUCGGUUCAAAGGCUCUGGUGCCCGGACCUGCCGGAUCUAACAAGAUCGGAUCCCCGCUGGACGGCCCAAUCGUCAGCUCCGACAACCUCAACGCGAGCAACUACUUCUACAAUCUCAAGGGCUCCCAAAACUUCACGUAUCCCGGGGGAGUCAUCCAGUGGGCGCGCUAUCGCGCAAACGCGACGGCCGCAAACUUGACCGCCCAGCAGACCGCUUUCAGCCAGACCCUCCACAACACAAAUGCCGGCAUCACGGCCGGAAGCCUGCUCGUGGUUCCGGGGGGGGUCCGUGAACCGCACUGGCAUACGGUGAACGAGUUCGCAUACGUGACGGGCGGAAAAGGAACCAUCCAGACGGUGGGACCCACCGGGGCUGACACGUACAGCUAUGACGCGGUACCAGGCAACCUCUUCUUCUUCCCCACCGGGUAUUCCCACACAAUCCGCAACCCUCCGGGUAACACGGACAACUUCACCCUCUUCAUCGUGUGGUCCACGAGCGACGAGCUCCAGUCCGUUGAUCUUGAGGAGUCGUUCGACGUCAUCUCGAGCGGAAUCCUGGGCCAAGCCUUCGGCGUCAACCCCCAGGUGUUCUCCUCCCUUCCCAAGCUGCACGAGACGAUCGCACCCCCCCGGAACGUUUCCGGCCCGGCUUUCUCAAACGUGCUGGCGAGUUCCGCACAAGCUCCCGCUUCCGGGCCUGCCGCUCCCGCCGCGGCUGGCGGGAACGGAACGGGCACCAACGGGACGGCCGUCAAGACGGCCACACCAUGAGAAGCUUUGCUGACGAAAUGGGUAACGGACGCUUUAUAAUGCUGGAAUCGGAAGGAUGGAAGCCGAAGGGUCCUGUUUCCACAUGGAUCCCGGCCGGCCCAGAGCCUGACGGAACCUAGCGCUCGUUUCGUAGGGAUCCCCCCAAGAUGUAAAGGCAAUUUUGAUAGGUUAAAAGAGGUCACCAAUAUUGAUGUGCGGGGAUGCAGGUCUGCGUCGAAUUGGGGUCGAAUUGAGACAAUAUUGCUCAGACAUUGAAAAACGAUACGUUUGGUUAAGCCAGAAGACUCCGCGAGUCGCUCAGCUGUGCACGAGAUUCGGUUCGGACCCCUUGUGCCCGAAAUUUCGGAAAGCCUGUCAUUGCAUUUGCGCUGCGCACAAUCUGCUGAUUAGAAUAUUCAGCUGCACAUGAAGGAAGAAAGCUGAACACCCCCUGAACACCUUAGCAUACUAGUGGACCACAGUGGCAUCAGCGAGCAGCAG